GCCACAAUUAAAAUAAACCCGAUCGUGGAGCGCUGCGAUCCCUUUGCAUAAAAACAUAUGGCUUUUGCUAUAAAAAUUAUGACUGCAAAGCACUGGGCCAUUAAUAGCGUGCGGAGUGAUUUACGCGUUAUUGUUCUGCCGGGCGGGCACGUGACGCGCGCGGCCAAUGGGGGCGCGGGCGCCGGCAACUUAUUAGGUGACUGUACUUCCCCCUGGUGCUACAAAGUUGUUACAUGAAAUCUGCAGUUUCAUAAUUUCCGCGGGUCGGGCCAGGCCGGCCGGGCGCGGGGCACGGCGAUGGCCACCACCGGGGCCCUAGGCAACUACUACGUGGACUCAUUCCUGCUGGGCACCGAUGCCGCGGAUGAGCUGGGCGCGGGCCGCUACGCGCCGGGAGCCCUGGGCCAGCCCCCGCGGCAGGCCGCGGCGCUGGCGGAGCACCCCGAUUUCAGCCCGUGCAGCUUCCAGUCCAAGGCGGCGGUGUUUGGCGCCUCGUGGAACCCGGUGCACGCGGCGGGCGCCAAUGCGGUGCCCGCGGCAGUGUAUCACCACCAUCACCACCACCCCUACGUGCACCCCCAGGCGCCCGUGGCGGCGGCGGCGCCGGACGGCAGGUACAUGCGCUCCUGGCUGGAGCCCACGCCCGGCGCGCUCUCCUUCGCGGGCUUGCCCUCCAGCCGGCCUUAUGGCAUUAAACCUGAACCGCUGUCGGCCAGAAGGGGUGACUGUCCCACGCUUGACACUCACACUUUGUCCCUGACUGACUAUGCUUGUGGUUCUCCUCCAGUUGAUAGAGAAAAACAGCCCAGCGAAGGCGCCUUCUCUGAAAACAAUCCUGAGAAUGAGAGCGGCGGAGACAAGCCCCCCAUCGAUCCCAGUAACCCGGCUGCCAACUGGCUCCAUGCUCGCUCCACGCGGAAGAAGCGCUGCCCCUAUACAAAACACCAAACGCUGGAACUGGAGAAAGAAUUUCUGUUCAACAUGUACCUCACCAGGGACCGCAGGUACGAGGUGGCCCGACUGCUCAACCUCACCGAGAGGCAGGUCAAGAUCUGGUUCCAGAACCGCAGGAUGAAAAUGAAGAAAAUCAACAAGGACCGAGCAAAAGACGAGUGAUGUGACUCAAGUUAAUUUGAAAAGAGAGCGAGCUAGAGAGAGAGAACUGCCCGUCCCCUUCUCCUACCCCCACCCCACCCCAGCCUCCACCACCCCGCAGAAAGCGGCUCUAAAUUCCAGGCCUCAUCUCCCCCUGACAAACCCUGCUCAGGCUGGUUCCUUGGCCUGCCGCUUUGAUGGAGGAGGUAUUGUAAGCUUUCCAUUUUCUAUAAGACAGAAAAAAAGGGGGGGGGUAUUAGCGCUGAUGGCUGUAUGUGCUAGCUUGUGUAUAUUUUUUAAAAAUCUACCUGUUCCUGGCUUAAAACAAAUAAACAAAAAAAACUACCUUUUUAUAAUGCACAAGUGUUGACGGCGGGCUGUAUAGUGUUUAGUCUGUGUAGUUAAUUUAAUUUGCUCUUUGUGCGGCAGAACGAUCUGCCCAGAUACUUGAACACUGUGUUUUAUUGUGGUAAUUAUGUUUUGUGACUCAAACUUCUGUGAUGGGUGAUGCACCCGUUGUGAUUGUGAAAGCUAGAAUUCGAUUUGAACUCAGGUUGUUUAUGAGGGGAGAAAACAGUUGCAUAGGGGUAUAGCUCUGUAGUGGAAUAUGUCUUCUGUAUAACUAGGCUGUUAACCUUUGAUUGUAAACUAGCUGUAAGGAUUUCCCAGUGAAAUAAAAUUUUUUAAAAAGAAAAGAAAGGGUUCUCCUGGACGCAUAGAUUCACGGUUUUCUCCAUUUUUGAAAUGCGGACAUUUUAGUCUCUACAUGCUCUAUAGACCUGUCUUGUCCAUUGUAUAUAUAUAAUCCACAUAUUAAAGAAAAAGUAAUCAAACAAGUUUGAAUAUUGCUUUUGCACCAAACAGUGAGGAAACUUGGAGCUAUACGUAUGUGCAGAAGGUUACUACCUAUGGUUUACGUUUAAUUUUAAUUGGGGGAAAAUGAAUGCUGAUUGUAAUGGAGUUAAUUUUAUUGAUAAUAAAUUAUACACUAUGAAACCGCCAUGGGGCUACCGUAGAUUUGUAUCCUUGAUGAAUCUGGGGUUUCCAUCAGGCUGAACGUACACUGUAUAUUUUGCAAUAGUUACCUCAAGGCCUACUGACCAAAUUGUGUUGAAAUAUUUAACUUUUUGCCAAAUAAAAUAUUGAUUCUUUUCUAA